AUGGCCAAGAAGGCGCGUCAGAGGAUAAGCUACGUCUGCGAGCUCGAUCACAGCUCCUCCGGCGGCCACAGACUCGGCGUUAACGGCUUGGCGGUCGAUCCGAACAAUGCUGUGCUCUACUCUGGAGGCCGGGAUGGAGUCGUCUGCGCCUGGGACCUAGACGUGGCCGGCGCAUCCGGUCCGCAGGCCAAAUCGACGACCAAGUUCCGAGCCUCGACCCAGGCGCAUACCCAUUGGGUGAACGACAUUGUCCUCGCCGCCAACAACUCAGCCCUCGUUUCCGCUUCCUCCGACCUCACCGUCAAGAUAUGGCGACCGUUGGCGGGCGACACCGAGGCCCACACCCUCGGCGAACACGCUGAUUAUGUCAAGUGCGUUGCUACUCCGACGGGUGGCGACUGGGUGGCUUCCGGCGGCCUCGACCGCAAGAUUUCCUUGUGGGACCUGAACGGCAAAGGCAAAUCGCUCGAGAUCGAUGUCAGCGGCGAGGAGAUCACGGAGAAGGGGUCCGUCUACGCCUUGAGUGUCGGCCGCAGCAUCCUAGCUAGCGGCGGUCCCGAGUCUGUCGUUCGCCUCUGGGAUCCCAAGUCGGGCAAGCGAAUCACCAAGUUCGUCGGUCACACUGACAACGUGCGCUCGAUUCUCGUUAACGAGGCCGGGGAUACCGUCAUGACGGCGAGCUCGGACCAGACAGUCAAAGUCUGGAGCGUCACCGCAGGCCGAUGCAUGUACACGCUUACCAUGCACAAUGACAGCGUGUGGUCACUGUUCUCGGACCAUCCCGACCUGGGCGUCUUCUACAGCAGCGACCGGUCAGGGUGGGUUGUCAAGACUGAUGUCAGGGGCGCCGUGGACAUGGACGAAGGCCUGUCUGUCGCUGUAGCCCAGGAGCACAACGGUGUUAGCAAGAUCGUUGCGUCCAAGGACUACAUAUGGACGGCCAGUGCCAGCUCGUCAAUCAACAGGUGGAGGAAUGUCGAUACCGGCUCAGAUGCCCUGCUACCAGAGGCCUUCAGACGUGCUCGGGCGAGUAGCAUUUCCUCCAAAACGCACCAAUCUCCGCCGCCGACUACCAACAAAACUGGGAGGAAGGAGAUACCAGCCAAGUCGAUCCUGCGCAUGUCAAACACGGCGUCAUUCCCACCACACCUCGCCAGCCCGUCUGAGUCCAAUUUGGCAGCAGCCGCUACACACGGUCGCAAGGGGUCCGACGUGAUAAUUAACCCCGAUGCACUUACCAUUGAACCUAUGGACCACCUGCCUGAGGAAACAAUCGAAGGCCAGAACGGUCUAGUAAAACACAAACUACUGAACGACAGAAGGCGAGUCUUGACUCUGGAUACAGCCGGAGACGUCCUAUUAUGGGAUCUAAUCAAGUGCGAGGUUAUACAAAGGUUUGGCAAGGGGCAUCUCGAAGAUGUGGAGCCCGAAGUCAACACCCUCGAGGCUGUGGCACCAUGGUGCUCAAUUGACACAAGUUCCGGCAAUUUGACCGUUGUGCUGGAGCCGUUUAACUGCUUUGAUGCGGAAAUGUACGCUGACGAGCUCACGUUGGAAGAGCCCGUCGAUUUCCGUGAAGACCAGAGGAUAAACCUUGGUCGAUGGGUACUCCGCUAUUUGUUUGCGAGGCUUAUUGACGUAGAGAUCAAGAAAGACGAGGUUCACCGCCAGAAAUUAAACGAAAGCGUACAGCUCCGCCAGGCUGCGGCACAGGCCAAUCCUCCAAUGUCGAUACCCAUUCCUCCCAUACCAGGUUUGGAGGAGAAUGGAUCAGCCGCUGUUACACCUAGGGCAAACGGAGCUCAUGUACCUGCAACUCCAGGUCUGGGGAUAGGGGUUGCCACGCCAGGUCUCGGCAGCCACUUACAACCUGUAUCCGAGAACUCAGCAAAUAGCCCUCUCGACAAGCGGUCCUCGCAAACCAGCCGCCCAUCCGAAGAUUACUUCGGCAGUGGCAUCAGUGCUGCGGAUGCGCCAGCAAAAGCCGCCACGACACCAGCGCCAGCGGAAAAAGAACCCGAGACACCAAAGUCACCCACCGACGCUAAAGAGAAAGAUACCGGCAAGUCUCCCACUGCCUUUGGAAAGAAGUUUCGGAUGGGCAUGUCGUUUGGCACCAAGAAAUUGGGCCGGUCGGCCUCCUCCACACAGCCUGAGAAGCCGGUUGUGGUAGAAGAGAAAAAAGACGAGGAAAACAAGUCCGAGUCUUCAUCAAACCACGAAAAGGAAGUAGAUGAUAGCUUCUACGGAGUGAUCCAGAAGAUUCACAACGAAUAUGAGAAGCAGCUGCAAGACAACCCGGAGCAGCUGGUGGAAACACAGAUCAACCCAAGCUUACCUAUUGACACCCCGGUUCUGAAGCUACCUUCAGGGACAAGAGUCAUCAUCCAAGAAGAAACGUCUGGUGGCAGUGCCAAUCUAUAUCGAGGUACUGUUGAGACAGUUGGUAUACAUGCGGACAUUAUUGAGCAGAAAGCACCCAUGUGGCUGGGCGAGGUUCUGUUAUUGAACAACAUACCGCCGAAAGAUCCAGUCAAGGUCUCCUUCGUUCUUCAUCCUUGGAAAGACACACUACCUAGUAUCGCGACUGCAGACGGCAACAAUCGCUUGAAUGCAAAUAGGAUGCUUCGAGUCAAGAAGAUAUUGGCGUACGUGGCUGAGCGGAUAGACCCCCCUCCCGAGGAGCCUGAGGAAAACGCAUUGAAACCAGAGGAGUAUUUGGAGCUUUACUGUAAUGACCAGCUGCUGCCAAACACAAUGAGCCUUGCAACUCUGCGGGCACAUGUGUGGAAGGGAGGUAACGACGUCGUAUUGUACUACAAAGCAAACGGUCGAAAAGAGAUACCUAAAGAGCUACCGAAGGUCAUCGAACAGCCCGCAGUCCCUGACACCGAAGCUGCACCUGCUGCUUUACCAACAACAGCCGUUGCUGGGUAA